UUUCGCACCACGCUUCCCUCGCCUCGUCCGAUUUCGAAAAGAGUUUCGUCCCCAAUUUCCUUUCACUCGGAUUUCACCGACCCAGCGAGAGCCCCCCCGCCGAGGCUCCGGGAGAGACCGCCGCCAAGAUGCCCGGGAGGUGGCGGGUCUGGGGCCAGCCCGACGGCCGCCUCGUCUGGAUCCCCGCCCCCGAGCCCGACGCGCCGCCGCCGCCUGCCGCGGCUCCGCCUCUUCCUCCUCCCCUGCCGCUGGGGCGCGGUGCGGGGAUAGCCGCGGAUCCAUCCGAGGACGCGCUGGCGAAAGGCCGGGGCGCUGCCGACGGAUGCCGCGUCGAGUCCAUGGCCGACCUCCUCGUGCAAGCUCGGAACACGCUGCUCGAAGGUGACGGGAUGUCCGGAGCAACUGUCGAUGCAGGAGAGGGUCAGCUGUUCUGCACUGGAUCAGGGAGGUCAGUGUCUGUCAGCGAGAGGGCUAUAAGGAGGGCCAGGGCGUUGGUCGGGGAGGAGGUGGAGAAGGCUGGUAACAAGAGAAAGCAACCAUUUGACGAUGUACCUGGUGCAGAGGGCGAAUCGAGAGAAAUGGACGCCCCAUUUAGAGGUGGAGUGCAUAACACUACCGUGCCCCCAGUGUUCCAAACUGGAUCCGGAAAAGCGGUUUUGCUGGGCAAGGACUCGAUCCAGAAGGCAAGAGCUAUUUUAGGAGAGCAACCGUUUGACCAUGUACCUGAUGCAGAGGGCGAAUUGAGUGAAAUGGACGCCCCAUUUAGAGGUGGAGUGUAUAACACUACCAUGCCCCCAGUGUUCCAAACUGGAUCAGGAAAAGCGGUCUUACUGGGCAAGGACUCAAUCCAGAAGGCAAGAGUUCUUUUAGAAGGUGUGGACGGCAUGGAACAGUUUCCAUUGUUCCAAACUGGUUCAGGAAGAGUUGUCUCAGUCACUGCGGCAUCUGUUCAGAAAGCUAAGUCUGUUUUGAAGGAUAAUAAUACACGCGAGGAAAAUACAGAGAGUUUUGGUAGGCCUAACCAGCCUAUGAUGUUCCAAACUGGUUCAGGAAGACCAGCCAUGAUCAGCGAAAGAUCCAUUGAGAGAUCUAGAGCUGUGGCGAAUGAGGGAGAUGCGGAAAAGAGCGGACAUUGGGAUACUGAUUGCCAGUUCCCAGUGUUCCAAACAGGAUUAGGGAAGCCUGUUGCUGUGAGCUGGAGCUCAGUUCAGAAGGCAAAGGCAGUAUUGGAGGAAGAAAAAAUUAAAACAACUGGACGCGGAGAAAGCAGUGAUUGUGCCACAACUCUUCAGACUGAAACACCAACGUCUGUUUUGAUGAGUAGCAGUUUGAUCAUGAAUAGUAGAAGUGUUACACCGAAGGAAGAUAGUGCAAUGCAAGUCACUCGAACAGAGAAAAAUCACAAGGAUGAUGACCACGUGCCAUUGUUUCAAACUGGACUAGGGAGGUCAAUUGCUAUAAGUAAGAGCUCACUUAAGAGGGCAUCUGCAGUUCUGGAGCCAAGGAAUAUUGCAAAGGAAUUGGAAGAUGAAGCUCAUUUAGAUGGUGCCCAUGACACUCCAGCGUUCAGAACUGGAUUAGGAAGGUCUAUCUUAGCAAGUGAGAACUCUAGAAAGGAAUUGCCUAUCUUAGAGGCUGAAGAAGCAGUAAAAAGUGUAAACAAUUACAACAGGGAAACCUUUGUUGAAGAGGCAACGUUCCAAGCUGGAAUACAAAAGUUUGUACCCCAAAAUAGAAUUUCAAGCCAUAAGGCCAGUAUGCUUUUGGAGCAACGAAACUUCAUGGAGAAAGGAUACAAAGACUCUGGAAGUCAACUGCCAUUGUUUCGAACUGGAUCUGGAAAGUCGGUCUUGAUUAGUGAAAGCUCAGUACAGAAAGCAAGGGCUGUUCUGGAGGAACAAGGCAUAAACAAAGAUAAUCAUAAGCUCCUUAACAUGGACAAAAAAAUUCCUGUGUUUGCGUCACCUCUCAAGACAAGCUGUGCAAGAACAGUAAAUAUAUCUUCAGUUGGCGUGUCUCGAGCUGCUACUUUGUUGGGCUUGGAGGAGAAUACCCUUUCGACACAAUUUUUUGGACAUGUGGGGGAUAAGCUGGGCACAAAAAUAAAUUUUGAGCAGGAAAAUGCAGAACAGAGGCUUGGUCUUGCAUCUUAUCCAACAGAAAACCAAGUGCACAAGGAACCACACCGGCCAUUUGAGCUUUCUAAUAACACAAUUUCUGAUUCUGGUGAGCAUUCUAUCAGAUUCAGUACCGCCGGAGGCAGAUCAAUGGCUAUUUCUAGUGAUGCACUUGAACGUGCAAAAAGCCUUCUGGGUGAAUCAGAUCUCGUGGUUUCAACAAAUAAUUUAGUAAGCUACCCUUUGGGAUCUGCUUGUAAUGAUAAGAUGCAAAAUUCAACUGUUGUGCCAAAAGAAGGCGGAUCUGAUUUAUCAAAAAGAAGAAGGGUCAGUGGAAGAACCGAACUUGCAACAUUUUCCCACCAGGCAAUGUCUGAUAGGAAGGACACUGGAUCCUUUGGAAAUGCUGUAUCUGAUAUCCAUCCGACUAGUGAAAACACCAAUAGGUUUCAUGUUGGGAGUCGUUCAACCAGUGAAAUUCCAAAGAUCGUGAAGUCUUCUUCCAGGUGUUUAUCUGAAACUGACAACACAAAUGACACUAAAGAUAAGACCCAACAACUCCAUAUGCCAGCCGGAGCGUUGUUUGACAUCAGUAACUUCAUGGGUUCAUAUUCUGGAAAUAUUGACCAUGUUGUUAAUGAGAAGAGAAGAAUUUUGGGAAGAAACUCCGCAUCUUCCUUUAAACGGCCCCGCUCUUCCAGGUUCAUCACGCCUAUAAGCACCAACAGACAGUCCUCUGCUGGAGUACCCAAACCACCACCAACUCAGAUCACUUCCUGUCGAACAAAGCUGUCUGCAUAUUAUCCUUUUCAACAUAAAAGGAAAACUUGGAAAGAGUAUUUCGGUGGUCCUCCCUGCUUCAAUUGUUUGGCGGAACAUAUAAUAGAUGAAGUGAAGCUCAUGGAUGCAAAAGGAGCUGAGAAGUACAAGUUUCACAAUAUGAAUACUGGUGCAGAAGAAUUUCAGAAGUUGCUGAUUGCCUGUGGGGCUUCAUUGACAUAUGCAACUAAAGAAUGGGUGAACAAUCACUAUAAAUGGAUCGUAUGGAAACUUGGUUCACUUGAGAGAUGCUAUCCAACUAAAGCUGCUGGCAAAUUCUUGACAGUUGCUAAUGUUUUAGACGAGCUGAAGUACAGGUAUGACAGAGAAGUGAACAAUGGCCAUCGAUCAGCCAUAAAGAAAAUUGUAGAAGGAAAUGCUUUGCCAUCUUUGAUGAUGGUGCUGUGCAUUUCAGCUAUUUAUUCCCAUCCUGAUGUAAAUAAGUUAGAGGCUGUCGGGACAGACGGAAAUGAAAACAGUAUCGAAAAUAAAAGCUUGUUAGCUGCUAAAAGAAACAUGCCUGCACACAUUGAAUUAACUGAUGGAUGGUAUGCACUAGAAGCGUCAUUAGACGUGGCACUUUCAGAACAACUACAGAAAAGAAAGCUUUUUAUAGGACAAAAGCUUCGGAUAUGGGGAGCUUCUUUGUGUGGUUGGACUGGGCCUGUGUCAUUUCAUGAGGCAUCUGGCACCGUCAAAUUGAUGGUCCAUGUGAAUGGCAGUUAUCGUGCAAGAUGGGAUGAUCCUUUGGGAUUCUGCAAGCAUGUUGGACCCCCACUGGCGUUCAAGUGCAUAAAAGCUUCUGGUGGCCGAGUCCCUAGGACACUGGUAGGAGUUGCAAGAAUAUAUCCUGUUUUGUACAAGGAGAGGUUGCCUGAUGGUAGUUCUAUUGUGAGAUCUGAAAGGAUGGAAAGAAAGGCACUACAACUGUAUCACCAGAGAGUAUCUAAGAUCGCAGAAGACAUUAUGUCUGAACAAGAUGAAAACUGUGCCAGCACUGAUGACAGCGAGGAAGGGGCGAAAAUUUGCAAAAUGUUAGAGCAGGCGGCUGAGCCUGAAGUUAUGAUGGCUGGCUUGACCUCAGAGCAGAUGAUAUCUUUCUCAUCUUAUCAAGCAAAGCAAAAGGAAGCCAGGCAAAACGAAGUAGCUAAGAAGGUCGAAAAUGCUCUGGAAGUUGCCGGCCUUAGUUCAAGAGAUGUUACGCCAUUUUUGAAAGUGAGGGUGACGAGCCUUGCUCACAAAAUCUCUGCUACAAAAACCAUCAACAAGGAAGGGCUAAUAACAAUUUGGAACCCUACUGAGAAGCAGAAAGCCGACCUGGUGGAGGGACAAGUCUACAUCGCCACAGGAUUGCUGCCUUCUGCCCACUGUACGAACAUUCUUUACUUGCAUGCUAGAGGAUCAUCUACAAUGUGGAAGCCAUUAGCAUCGGCACAGGCUGCAGAUUUUCAACCAUUUUUUACCCCACGUAAGGCGGUUGAGCUGUCAUUGAUUGGUGAGGUACCACUUGCAAGUCUUUCUUGCAGUGAAUUUGACAUUGCAGGUGUUGUUUUGCAUGUCGGCGAAGUUUACUUAUGCAGCAACCAGAAAAGGCAGUGGCUCUUUUUGACAGAUGGAUCCAAAUUUAUCUCGGCAUCGCAGUCCACAGAGCAAGAUGAUUGUCUUCUAGCAGUUAGCUUUUCUUGCUCAUCUGCCAGCGACGAUGGUGCCUUUUUCAGUUAUGCCCUUUCUGGAAAUACAGUUGGUUUCAGUAACUUGGUCAAGCGACAGAAGGACCAGACAAGGCACAUAUGGGUAGCCGAGGCAACACAGAACUCUACAUUCACUCUUUCCCAUGAGAUAUCAAAAAAAUCGCAUCUUAAGGAAGCUGCAACAUGUGCUGAGAAAUGGGCUUCAAGUUCUUUUGAUAAAAUCCAGCAGCUAAAGGAAAAGGUUUUAUGCAUAAUUGGUGAUAGCGGUGGCUGAUGUACUGUGGAAUAAUGAAGGCUGCUGCUUUUCGAAGUAAUGUAAGAAAAUGUUUGAAGUUGUGCAGAGUUUACUGUCCACACUGGAUGCUCAUUGGUAGUGAAGCGAUAUCGGCGUAACAAAGAUACCUAUUUAUUAUGCCUAUGCACUUUAUAGAGAUUGCGAGGCGGAGCAUUACAGAUCAGCUAAACUUGUGGAACAAAUGCGAUUACCGACAAGCACUUCUUGAAUACUCAAGAUGACAGCCACAGGGAUUGGAAUCAAUAUACAUCAACCGGGAGACGAACAUGACAGGAAAUUUAUGAUUCAGGCUUCGACCGAUGAUGCUUACGCCCCCCUCGUGAGUCGUGACUGAAUCUUUGGCUGUUCAGCUGGCAGCCAAGAUUGCCCGCACCCUUCAACUUCAGCAGGUCUCCUUCCUCACGGACAACCUCUCUCUCGCGAAGAUGGCCGCGCUUCCAGGAACAUCAUUGGCCGCAGCAUAAAUGCUUGGGCGGUGUACUAAUGCUGGUGUACCGAGCUAAAUGUUUUUGAGACAAGACACUUCCAUGAGAGAUGAGUAUCAUGGAUUUUUGAUCAUGAUGCUGUUUUCUUGUAUGCUACUCCUCUGGACCUACAUUUUGGUACAGAGGUACUCCCUCCGUUCCAAAAUAGAUGACCCAACUUUGUACUAACUUUGUACUAAAAUUAGUAUAAAGUUGGGUUAUCUAUUUUGGAACGGAGGGAGUAGUAAGUUAUUAAAAAAUAAAGGAAAGCUUUUUUUUUUUGCAGAAGAAUUCUUGUAUUACUCAAUCAAA